AUGCCGUCUCAGAAGCAGAAGCUUCCCACAACACAUGGUCCCAGGGUCCAGGGCCCGAGUGAGCUCACCAAGUCGGCCAAAGCGCAGGAUGCCGGCUCCCCCCAGCCGGAGUUUGACUGCGUGAAGGACUACCUCAUUUACGUUAGAAGAGUGACUAAAGAAUGCGAACAUAGAGCAGACGGCAGUCAACCGUACGCCAGUCAACCCGACCCGGCUGCACCCGAGGCUGUGAGCUCCUACCUAAGACAGGUGCUCGACGACUUCGCAGCUUGCGACGAAGGCCUCGCCGAUCAGGACUUGCCCGCGCGACUACUUGAAAUCUUCGCGCUCUUUCGGAAACAACGGGCGCUGCAACAGAGACUUUACAAUGCCAGACCGCAAACAGCCAAGCCGCAAUCAGCGACCGCCAACCCUCUUCUGGACCCCAUCCCGGACCCCAUCCCAGACCCAGACCCCGUCCCCGACGCCACCCCCGUUCCUGAUCUCAAUUCCGGUGCAAAUAGCACACCAGAGGCAGAGAUCCUGAUGCCGGGCGAAGCGCAACUGGAGCUUAAGAGACUGGCCGAGCUCUGUCUGGCCCGCAGGUGGAGCGCACGUGGGUUCGAACAAUUGAUGGAGCUGUGGAACGUGCUCCUGAGUCUCGACCCGUUGGACAUCUUGCAACCUGACGUGUCGUCGGAUCUGGGAAUCGUCUGGAGAUCGUUGGGGGAAGAGCGGGAGUCGGCGAGCAAGCCUGGGAGGGAGGUGGUUGUAGACACUGCGCCAAAAAUAGCCCUUGAUCUGCAGCUUCUUAAAAACUUGAUUGCUGCGAUACGAAAAGGUCUUGUUCCCGCGGUCUAG